CAAUUCUUACAUUUAGUUUAUAGUAAGAUCGUGUCCGGCGCGUAUGUAACGUGUCAUGAAAUUAGAAUAUUAUGUUUCGUAUAUAAAUUUACGCAAUGAAAUAAUAAAAAAUAUAUUAUUAAACUAUAAUAUUAUUGUUAAUUGAUAAUAUGUACUAGGUUAUGCUUAUUCUCAUAUGUGAUCAAUAUUUCAGUGAAGAAAAUGUGAAUAAAUAUAAUAUUUUACAAUAAUUAAUAGUGAAUCUAAUAAUAUUUGGAAUAAUUCAAUGGAAGUAUGUUAUCACAGUUAUUAUACUAUGGUACAUAAUUUACAAUGGCUUUCGAUACAAUAAAUAAAAAAUGGCAGUCAAAAGGUGGACAAUUAAAUAAAUUUAUUAGAAAACGAAUACCUAUCGUAGGAUGGUUGUCAAAUUAUAAUUCCGAAAAAUUUUUGAACGAUGCUAUCGCUGGCAUCACAGUCGGGCUUACUGUUAUGCCGCAAGGACUUGCUUAUGCUACCUUAGCUGGUUUAGAACCUCAGAAAAUAUAUUUUUUCUAUAGUAUGGUCUUUAUUCUGCAUUUAUGGGAGCUAUGGUAUACAUAGUAUUUGGUUCAUGCAAAGAUAUUACAAUUGGACCCACUGCUCUUAUGGCAUUAAUGACUCAUGAGUAUGUUCAAGGUAGAAAUGCGGAUUUUGCAAUAUUAUUAGCCUUUUUAUGUGGUUGCUUACAACUAUUAAUGGCCUUUUUACGGCUAGGAGUACUUAUAGAUUUUAUUUCAAUACCAGUUACAGUUGGUUUUACUUCUGCAACAUCCAUUAUAAUUGUAGUUUCUCAAUUGAAAGGUCUUUUGGGAUUAAAAAUUUCUUCACAAGGAACCUUAGAUACUUUAACAAAAGUAUUACAAAACAUUCAUCAGACUAGAUUGUGGGAUACUUUGAUGAGUUUUUCCUGUAUAACUAUUUUAUUAUUGUUUAGGAAAAUGAAAGAUAUCAAGUUAUAUUCAAACAAUGAUAAACUAAAUAAAUAUCAAAGAAUAUUAAUGAAAAUGAUAUGGUUAUUAUCAACAGCUAGAAAUGCUGUUAUUGUUAUAAUUUGUUCCACUAUUGCCUAUAAAUUGAAUUCUAUUGAAUAUGGCUCUCCAUUUAUUCUUACUGGUCCUGUAAGAUCUGGUCUUCCAUCUUUUGGAUUGCCACCUUUUUCUACUCAAGUAAAAAAUGAGACUUUAAAUUUCAUUGAAAUGUGUUCAGAAUUGGGUGCGUCCAUAGCAUUAGUACCUAUAAUUGGAGUUCUUGGAAAUGUGGCAAUAGCAAAAGCCUUUGCAAAUGGUGAUAAAGUAGAUGCCACUCAAGAACUGAUUACAUUAGGUAUUUGUAAUGUUCUUGGAUCUUGCGCAAGUGCAAUGCCAGUGACUGGCUCCUUUAGUAGAUCUGCAGUAAAUCAUGCUAGUGGUGUAAAAACGCCAAUGGGUGGUUUAUACACUGGAAUAUUAAUAUUGUUAGCAUUGAGUCUAUUUACUCCUUACUUUUACUUUAUACCAAAGGCUUCCUUAUCUGCAGUUAUUAUCUCUGCAGUAAUAUAUAUGAUUGAAUAUCAAGUUGUAAAACUCAUAUGGAAAACUAGUAAAAAAGAUUUGAUUCCAAUGUUUGCUACUUUCUUGUUCUGUUUAAUUAUUGGAGUUGAAUAUGGAAUUUUAAUAGGUGUAGGAACAAAUCUUAUAUUCUUAUUGUAUCCUUCUGCACGUCCUACAAUACAUGUUGACAAAUGUACAACAACUUCUGGUGCUGACUAUCUCUUAGUAACACCAGGAAACAGUUUAUAUUUUCCUGCUGUAGAUUUUAUUAAAAAGUCGGUCGGCAAUGCCGGUAUAAAACAAGGUUCUAGUCAAGUUCCAGUUGUAGUUGACUGCAGAUAUAUUUUAGGAGCCGAUUUUACUGCUGCAAAAGGUAUAGCAACAUUGAUAAAUGAAUUUAACAAUCGAAAACAAGGUCUGUAUUUUUAUAAUCCGCGGUCGGAUGUUAUUGCUGUACUUAAAGGGGCUUGCGGAGAAGAAUUUCAAUACAUUUCUACCGAAGAUGAAUUAUUGUACUUAUUAUCGACGCAUCAAGAUAAAACAUCGCAACAACUUUUGGAAAUAACACGUGAUAAAUCGCAUGAACCACUAAUGUUAAGUAGUCUUGAAAUCAUUCAUCGAAACAAUCGUUCAUGUCAAGAACUUAAUGAAGUUACAACAACAUUGUUACAUGCUACAGCUAGUUAAAAAAUAAAUAAUGUAUGUUAAAUUCAUUUCAAACUUUUCGAAAAAUGAUUUUUAUGAACAUUUUUCAUGAAAAUUGUAUCUUUGAAUUUUUUUUUAUUUUUACACUUUUUUUUGAAAUAGUGGUGCACUUCAUAGGACAUUAAAUAAUUUCUAAUAUCAUAAAAUUAAAUUUAAAAAAUUAAAAUUUAUGACAAAUUGUGCAUGAUAUUAAUUAAGAUGUAAAUAUACGUAACUUUGUAUACAUAAAUGAAAUAUAUUGUAUUUCUUUCUUUUUCUUUUUUCAUAUUUUUUAAUAAAGAAAUAAAUAAUAUGUUGUGUAAAUAUUUACGUGUUAUAUUAUUUAUGCACAUCUAUGUUUCAUAAAUUACAGUCUUUUUUUUAACUCGAUAUAAUUAUAGAGGUAUUCCU